AUGGCCACAAGAACUGAUCUCAGGCCAGAUGUGGGCAUGGCCACAAGAACUGAUCUCAGAACUGAUCCCAGGUCAGAUAUAGACAUGGCCACAAGAACAGAUCCUAGGUCAGAUAUAGACAUGGACACAAGAACUGAUCCCAGGUCAGAUAUAGAUAUUGCCACAGGAACUGAUCCCAGGUAUUAUGAUGAGGAAAAGGGGGAGUUUACUGAAGAUGUUUUGGGCCUGGCAAACCUAAGUGGACAAACAAGGGGAGAAGACAUCUCUAAAGCAGUAUCAGAAAUGCUGAAUGAAAAAGGGAUAGAUCUGAAGAAAGUUGUGUCCAUUGCUACUGAUGGAGCUCCAGCCAUGUUGGGGAGAGAGAAGGGACUGGUUCCGCGUCUGAGAGAACAUCACCCUUGCCUGAUAUCUUAUCACUGCAUAAUCCACCAAGCAUCAUCUGCACUGCAGCACCGCUUGCUGCGCACAUUCCUAACAGAGGUAGAUGCUGCUUUUGAUGAUUUGCUCGUGCACAACAACAUCAGAUGGCUGAGCAAAGGCAGGGUCCUGGAGCGUUUUUGGGCCAUUAGAGAAGAGCUGCAAGGGAAGAAGAACACAGUGUGUGAGCUGAUGUCAGAAGUCCGUGCCUUCCAGAGGAAGCUGGAGCUUUUCAAAAGUCACAUACAGGAGGAACUGCUCCACUUCCCCAAACUUCUGGAACUGACCAAAGGAGAGGAAGAUCAUCUGUGCCAUUUGGAAUUCUUGGAAAAACUCAUUGCAAAUUUCAAGACUCACUUUGAUGGCUUCAUUUUGGGAAAACAAGUCCUGCUGUUCAUUGAAAACCCAUUCCUGAUCAGAAAUGUGAGUGCGUUCUCUGCAGAAGCAAAACAAGUCUUCCCAUGGGCCAGAGCUGCUUCACUGCAGACUGAGCUCAUUGACCUCCAAGAAAGUGUCACACUGAAAGAGGCUCAAUGUGACGCCAUCACCUUCUGGUCAAAGCUGGUCAUUCCUUCCAAGUUCCCUUUGCUGCAUAAGAUGGCCUGUCACAUCCUCACAAUGUUUGGCUCAACAUACAGCUGUGAGUCUGCCUUCUCUACAAUGAACAUUGUGAAGAACAAGUACCGCAGCAGACUGACCAAUGAACACCUGGAUCAGUGUCUCCGCCUGGCCAUCACACCUUUUGUGCCAAAGUUCAAAAUCUUGGCUUCAACCCCAAGAGCCCAAUUCUCCCAUUGA